CGUCAUAGCUGUGCGCCCUCAUGUGGCCGGCGCCGAGGCAGGCCCGGCAAGGAGACGAGCUGGAUGGCGGAGGCGGCCGCGGCUCUGGCUGGGAGAGGGUUGCGCGCCCACUGCCGUCGCCUUCGCUGUGGGGAAGGGUCAGGAAGAGGAUGGGAUUUGCAACGCAUACAUGCCUUUUAUAGGUUUUGUAGCACUGGAACGGCCUUUGAAAGCAUCAACAAGCCACUUAUUGACCGAAUAAUCAGAGUGGAUCACGCAGGAGAAUAUGGGGCGAACCGCAUAUAUGCAGGCCAGAUGGCAGUGUUAGGUCGGACUUCAGUUGGACCGGUGAUCCGGCAAAUGUGGGAUCAGGAAAAAGAACAUUUGAAAAAGUUCAACGAUUUAAUGGUCUCCUAUCGAGUCCGGCCCACAAUUCUGUUGCCUUUCUGGAACAUCGCGGGGUUUGUGCUAGGCGCGGGAACAGCCUUACUCGGCAAAAAAGGUGCCAUGGCUUGCACGGUGGCAGUGGAGGAGAGCAUCUCUCAUCACUACAAUAACCAGAUCCGGACGCUGAUGGAAGACGAUCCGGAAAAGUACAAAGAAUUAUUAGAGAUAAUAAAGAAAUUCCGGGAUGAGGAGCUAGAGCAUCAUGACAUUGGGCUUGAGCAUGAUGCAGAGCUGGCUCCAGCGUAUUCUGUUUUGAAGAAUGCGAUACAGAUUGGAUGUAAAGCUGCCAUAUUUUUAUCAGAAAGAAUAUAGUGGAUUUUUUGAGCAAUGAUAUGAUACUGAUUAUUUCAAAUAAUGCAAAGGUAAAAAAACCCAAAC